GGCGGGAGCGGCUCCGCCCCUCGGGCGCCGGGAAGGCCGGGGACGGCGGGGCCCGGAAGGUGACUGGAAGGAGCCAGGCUCGGGUCAUGGCGGCACCGGGCGCGUUGCUGGUGAUGGGCGUGAGCGGCUCGGGGAAGUAGGUCCGGGAGAGGGCGGGGGGCGCCCGGGAGAGACGUUGCGGGCCCGGCGGAGGCCGGACGUGUCGCCGUCCUUGCCGGUGAAAUGGGGUCGUGGGGACCCCCCGCCCUUCCCUUUGCAGAGGAAGAAACCGAGGCCCGCGGCUGCGCGCACUCUCCCAGCCCUCCAGCCUGCUAGCAGAGCGCCCAUCCUGGGACCGCAUCCGAGCCCAGGGUUCCCGCUCUAAGACAGGGAGGCUGCAGCGAACGCAUGCUCAGGGAGGAAGCCGCUCCUGAAGAGGCGGCUGCGGGGCUGCGCAGAUCCACCGUGGGCGCCCUGCUGGCAUCUGAGCUGGGAUGGAAAUUCUAUGAUGCUGAUGACUAUCACCCGGAGGAAAAUCGAAAGAAGAUGGGAAAAGGGAUACCGCUCAAUGACCAGGCCAGUAGCCGAGGCUCCAUGUCCGCUGGACAGUGCUUCACAUUUCAAUCUACAGUGCCCUGCUCUGGCCUUCCUGCCUGCCCAGCCUGUCUGGGACAGACAUGCUUCCUCGAGGACCGGAUUCCAUGGCUCUGUAACUUGCAUGACAUUUUACUAAGAGAUGUAGCCUCGGGACAGCAUGUGGUUCUAGCCUGUUCAGCCCUGAAGAAAAUGUACAGAGACAUAUUAACACAAGGAAAAGAUGGUGCAGCUCUGAAGUGCGAGGAGUCGGGAAAGGAAGCAGAGCGGGCUGAGAUGCAACUCCUGGUGGUCCAUCUGAGUGGGUCGUUUGAGGUCAUCUCUGGACGCUUACUCAAAAGAAAGGGACAUUUUAUGCCCUCUGAAUUACUGCAGUCCCAGUUCGAGACUCUAGAGCCCCCAGCAGCUCCAGAAAACUUUAUCCAAAUAAGUGUGGACAAAAAUGUUUCAGAGAUAAUUGCUAAAAUUAUGGAAACUCUAAAAAUGAAGUGAGAACCAUUUUGUAUCAGUGGUCCACACAAAAUUAAGCAUAAAUAUUUGUGCCAUCCCAAACCUCGUUCCAGCCACCUUGCCCAUACUAGAUUCUAAAUUUUUCUAAAGGCAAACAAACCCCAAUGUAUCAAGACAGACUUGUUUGGGUGUAAUUUUAGGGAUUAUGCUGGUUCAUCAGGAAGCAGAAGGGGAGUUUUAAAAGUCAAGCUUAAAUUGAAGUUUAAAUUCAUCAAAUGAUCAGAGGAAAUUCUGUAAUUGAUGCUGGAAAUUGUUAUAUUGUUUAGAACAUUCUUGCUCAUGCCCGUAUGUGCACAAAUAAAUGAAACUUGGCUGUCCUUGACAUUCCCUGGAAA